AUGUCGAAACAGUCCUUGGCUCAAAUGCUCAAACAAGCAAAGCCUUUUCUGUUUCUCAUCCUGCAGCAAGUUGGCUACGCAGGAAUGUCCAUCAUUUCCAAGUUCGCUCUAAACCAGGGGAUGAGUCAACACGUUUUGGUCGUGUACCGCCACGCUAUCGCCGCAGCGGUUACUGCUCCUUUUGCCAUUGUGUUGGAGAGGAAAACAAGGCCCAAGAUGACCUUCUCUAUCUUUGCCAAGAUUAUGUUGCUAGCCUUACUGGAGCCUGUAAUGGACCAGAACUUGUACUACACUGGAAUGAAGUUCACAACAGCGACUUUCGCGACUGCCAUGUGCAAUGUUCUUCCUGCAUUUGCGUUGAUCAUGGCAUGGAUUUUCAGGCUUGAGAAGGUUAACAUUAGAAAACUUCCAAGCCAAGCAAAGUUAAUAGGAACCGUAGUGACAGUUGGGGGGGCCAUGUCUAUGACUCUGUAUAACGGACCAAUUUUGAAUUUGCCAUGGACUAACCAAAGCACACAUCAUCCCGAGUCUAUGAUCGCCAAGAACAAUCAAGUCUCCGCCAAAGGCGCUCUUAUGAUCACAGCAGGAUGUUUAUGCUGGUCUAGUUUCAUCAUACUUCAAGCAAUUACACUGAAAUCAUACCCUGCUGAGCUCUCCCUAACUGCUUGGAUGUGUUUGAUGGGUGCGGUCCAAGGCUCGGUCGUGGCUCUAGCUUUAGAAUGGGGCAACCCUGCAGCCUGGUCCAUUUGCUCGGGUUCUAUGAUAUUAGCUGCUCUCUACAGUGGAAUAUUUCGGUCAGGAUUUGCUUACUACAUUCAGGGACUAGUCAUGAAGGAAAAGGGACCGGUUUUUGUGGCUGCUUUUAACCCUGUAGGCCUAGUUAUUGUUGUAAUAUUGGGCUCCUUCCUUUUGUCAGAGAUAAUGUACUUGGGAAGGAUUAUUGGGGCAAUUAUCAUUAUAGUUGGCCUAUACUUGGUUUUGUGGGGUAAGAGCAAAGACGAGCGUCAAUCUGAAUCAAGUGAGAAAGUUUCAGAACCAUCAACUGAUGAAAACAUGACCGAAAAGAAUGAGACUACUAAGAAUCCGAAUCGAGAGCUUGUUGUGACCAUUAAGGAAGAUCAGGAGACGAAUCAGUUUGAAGGAACCAAACAUAACAUGAUUUAA